UGAGUAUGAGUCAUAACCUCUCUUCUGCUACUGACUCACUUGGGAGUUUGAGGGUCGCGUGUUAGUUUUGUUGGAGGGGGGUGCAGGCUCUUUAUUACUCGGUGAGAGAGCUGGCAGAUGUCCCAAGUGAGAGAACCUCUUCCUCCGGGGCCUGAAGGGCCAGAGCAAGCUCCGACUGAAAACAGCUCUUUGAUCUCUCUCCCUCGAGAAAAAACUGACCAAGAGAAUACUGCAGCAGGAGAUAAAGACAUAAAACAACCUUCCAGUAACCAAAGUAUACAACCAGAGAUAGAAGACCAAUCCGUCAGGGCAAGUCAUACUGAUGGUGACCUCAUCAGAACACAACCUCAACGUUUGCCUCAGCCGAAUACUUCAGCACUGGAAAGAGGUGAGGAAGAAAGUGGCAAAAUUCAAAAUGGCCACGCGGGUCUGAGUAAUGGAAGCGGAAUUCACAACGGGGGCAAGCACGUGCCUGGAGACAACAGAAAACUUUCGGCUCCUGUUUCAGAAAAAAUGCACAGAAAAAUUCAGUCCACCUUGUCUGUCAACAGCACCAGCAGCAAGAAGAGUAAAAUAAGCUCUGCGUUUUCUCAAAAGCCAGGUACUUCACCUGAAGAUUGUUGCGUUCACUGUAUCCUGGCUUGCUUGUUCUGUGAAUUUCUCACCCUCUGUAACAUUGUUCUGGGACAAGCAUCCUGUGGCAUCUGCACAUCGGAGGCCUGCUGCUGUUGCUGUGGGGACGAGAUGGGGGAUGACUGUAACUGCCCGUGUGAUAUGGACUGUGGCAUAAUGGACGCAUGUUGUGAAUCUUCAGAUUGCCUGGAGAUCUGCAUGGAAUGCUGUGGGAUCUGCUUCCCAUCAUGAAAUAUUUAUCCCUUUUUAUUUUAUUCUCUAUAAAACUGGAGAGCUUUUCUUUAAAUACAUUUGAAGAAAGACAAGGUAAGAUUUUCACACAACCAACUGGUAUUGCACUGUUAAUUCCCUAUAUAUAAAUAUAUUUUUUAAAAGCAAUCCUCAAAUCUGUGUUCUAACACAAAUUGUAUAGUUUUGUAUGUGAAACUCAAGCUACAUUCCAGCUUCCUUUUGGCUUUGCAAAUGGAAGACUUUACUGAAACCAAAUUACAGGCCUGAUACCACAGGCUGUAUGAGGGCGAAAUUGCCAUUUGAAUUGAGUGACAGGUUUUGGUCAGAGAAGAGACUACAGGGCAAAGCCUUAAGUAUUUGCCUUUACCUACUUUAAUGUUGAAAUGCUUGAAUGCCUCCAUGCAUAACAUGCCUUUACAGGCAUUCUGAAAAGCAAAAUGUCUUUAUUUCAGUCUCUUUGGGUUGAAAGCAACUUUGCUCUAUUAUUUUAAACUUAAUUCAAAAGUCAGCAUCAGGAAUCUACUGUUGGUUUUGCUACAGUGCUCACAUUGGUAAUAAUUCUUUUGUUUUGAAUAUCUCAUUGGUUUGAGAGAGAUUCCUGGUAUUUUCCAUUGUCAAUAUUGAUACUAUGGGAAGAUUUGGCAAAGUAAAGUCAAUUUAAGUUUUGCCAUGGACUAGAGUACCAAGAUUUCGUUGUUACCAAUCAAGACAGAAUAGAGAACUUAUAUUUUACUUCAGUACUAAUAUUACUUGAAAUGCUUCUUUUUAGAAAGAGACUUUGGAAAUCUGUGUAGACAUGAAAUAUAUCCUUAGCCUAACAGACUAACUAAUAGACUAACAAAUCUUCAAAAUUUGGCUAUAAAAGGGAAAUUAUCAGAAGUUCACUCCAGAAUCUAAACCUGUACAUGAAGUGGCCCUGUCAGUGUUUGUGGCUUUAGAGCCAGUGUCACAUAAGUUAGUAUUUAUUUCUUCACUGUGUGAGAAAGAUCCACAGAGGAUGGCAGAAUUUAAACAGGGUAUAAGACCAAAUUAAAACUGAUUUGAUCAGGGAAUUCUGUCAUUGAAUGCAAAAAGCAGAUGUAGAAAUGUUUAUUCACAGAUACAUUUUAAGUGUUAUUUUUAAAUAACUGUGUAAAAAAAGGACAUUUUAAAAAUGUGUGAUAUCCUUUAAAAAUAAAAGGAUUGGGAUUUAAAAUGUUUGAAGAAUACAGUUAGGAUCGAGUGGGCAACUUUUUCCCUAUUAUACCAUUAAAGUUUUCUGAGAAAUAUCUCUCUUUGUCAUUGUAAUUGUGAAACGGAUUUGGUCCAACACAUGAAGAGGUUUAUGGCAUUCCCAGAUUUAAGGAAUAAUGGUACCCAUUUUCUUUACCAUCUGCUAGUUUCUCCCCUCCAUGUCUGUAGCUCAUUAACUUUUCUGUGUGAACCACCUACACAUCUUGAUCUCACAUACUUAAACUUUCCUAUCUACACUCCAGAUUUCCCAUUUGUAGAUUGUUGGAUCUCAUAAAUUCAGGCCUUGUUACAAGAGUCAUCGAUAGCCAAUUUAUUUCUGUUGAGUGAAUUGACCAUAAAUGUCUCUUUCCGCUGUAGUGAAUUCAGUUUAUGCAAAUGUGACAAGCUAAAGAUCACAGGAGUGUGAAGCUAAGUCAACAAAUGGUCUGAUAUUAACCAAAGCUUCUCCCUGUGAACACUGACUAGUAGUGCCUACUACUGCAAGUUAUCACUGAAGGUAACAUAGCCGAAUCCUCAACUAUACUAGGGAGCUGGGAGGUGUUGCGUUUUGCCUUAACAUCUGCAAUAUUGUGGUGCAUUCUGAUGCAAUGCAGAUUUACUCAGAGGGUUUCUUACCUGCUUUUUGAUAGUUACUACAAGAAUUGAUUCUUAUCAUGGUUUUUUUUUUUUUUCCAUAUAUUGGCCCAGAUUCAGAUCUGUGUUGCAUAAACUAAGUGCAUUUCCAUUAAUGUCAGAAUUUUCCGUUGGUUUAGCUCCAGCUAGAAAACACAAAGAUAUUAUGGUAAUAGGCAGGCUAAUAAGGAGUCAUAUAGUUAAACUGAUAAAUUCCCUGAGCUCAGAAUCAGGCCCAUGGGGCUCAAUUAUGACUCCUAAAAGUCUGAACCACAUUGGGAAGGGGGAAGAGGUGCCUUGGCUGAGUGGCAGUGCCUGGAGGCGUUUUGCCUUUGUAAGGCAUAAUGCCUCUGGGGAAAUUGGGGGCAUCACAGUGAGCACUGGGACUCGAGGCACCUUGGAAAAAGUCUAGCAGUGCUUCGCCCAUUGCAGGUCUAUGGUUGACACCGUGGUGGUGGGGACAUGCUCUCUGGGGCUAGGCAGCACCAUGAACUGUCCUUCCUUGUGUCCUUCUGGUCACGGAGAGGUGAAUAAUGGCUGUUUCUUGUCUGAUUGCGCUUUUGGGGACGGGGAAGACGACUUCCAGUCUCCUGUCCUGCCCCAGUGUCCGUGCCCUGCCGGAGCAGUUCCAGUUGUGUGUUUGGAAAACUGCACAUUUGCAUAUCAAGCUUUUAGUGAAUACUGGAUGUUAGUAAAAAUUACUUUUACCACAGGAAGAUACAGUUUUAAAAAAAAGAAAAUACCAAUCUAGGGAGUCCUUUUUCUGUGUAAAAGUUUAUCUAUACAGUUUGCUCUGCACAAACCCUUGUUUCUACUUACAGGAACUUGGAAGUUUUUUUGAUUUAUUGAAAUUAUGAAAACCUGGGAAAUGUAUUUACUAUUAAGCAUUUACUUCCAGUACUGUUACAAUACAAAUAAUAAUUACAAGAACUUUGUUCAUGCAUAUGCAUAUGUGUACAGACUCUUUCUCACACACAUGCACACACACAUACAUAUGCAGAUAUAUUAUUUCUUUUCCCACUUCAUUUGUGAAAUACUAGGAAAUGAAAAUAGUGUUUAUUAACCCUCAUAGUGAUUAGAAGUAUCAAAGUAUUACAAACAAUUGAAAAAAAUAAAAAAUUGUUUGAUUUGUUUGACAUUUAAAUGUAAUCUGCUACUGUUUGUCAUAGAGAUAUUAGCACUUUUGUAAAAUGUAUCUUUGUAGCAGAGAAUAUUAGUAUGUAGUUUAAGGAAUUCCUUUCUAUAUUUAUAUUCUUAAAUUCUGUUUUGUAAUUUUCACUCUAUAGGCAAUGUUGUAAGCACCUUGUGUAAUUAAAACAAGCAGAAUUAGGAGGAGUCAAAUGUGAAAAUAUAGUUUAAAUAAAAUUAAAACAUCAGAACUUAACUGUCUAUUUUAUAAUAGUUCUUGUGAACUUGUACAGUGUUUCAGUAUAUAGUUCUGCAAACUGGCCCAUUUGAAAAAAUGGUAACUCGCUAUUUGUAUUUUAUAUCAACUGGAUGUGCUAUUCUCAAACACUAUUUUGAAAUAAAGAUCUUUAUUUUGAAA